AUGAGGAAUUUUGGCUGCUCCCCAAACACUGUGACCUAUAACGUGUUGAUUGAAGGACUCUGCAAGGUAGGAUAUUUCAGUGAUGUUGAGAAAAUAUUGGAGGAGAGUACGAGCAUGGGAUGGAAACCAGACGUGAUCACUUACAGCAUUUAUAUGAAUGGUCUUUGUAAGAAUGGUGAUGCAGAUAAAGCAUUUGAACAAUUGGAAGCAAUGCUAGAGAAGGGAUUAAAUCCAAAUUCUGUGACUUUGAACAUCCUUCUUGAUUGCCUUUGCCAUUGCUCCAAGGUUUGGGAGGCUGAGCUCCUGUUGGGGAGAAGCCUUGAGUUGGAGUGGGAUGUCAAUGUUGUGAAUUACAACACAGUUAUGAGUGGCCUUUGUAAGAGCGAGAAGUCAUCCGCGGUGCUUAAACUCCUAGGUGACAUGAUGAAGAAGGGCAUUGACCCAAACAUCUGGACCUUUACCAUUGUGAUACAUAGCUUAUGCAGAGCUGGGAAGAUCUGGGAAGCAAAAUUUGUAAUUGAAAGGAGAGUGUUUGUUGCUAAUGUUGUUACAUAUACCAUUCUGAUGCAAUACUUUUGCUGGGAAGGCAAUUUGGGUGAAGUUCAGCUUUUGUUUGCUAAGAUGCAAGUUGAGGGAAUUCAACCAAAUGCUGUAACCUACAAUGUUAUGGUUGAUUGUUUCUGCAGACAAGGGAAAUAUUCAGAUGCUAUAGUUUACUUUGUGAAGGGAUGGGUUCUGGAUUUUUGCAUUUUCCAUUCAUUGAUCAAGGCAUUAUGUAGGAAAGGUUACUGUCUAGGCAUGGAAAUACAUGUGCUCUUCCAUUUGAUUGUUGCCAGAUUGUCUAAUUCACAGUCCCCUCUCCGGCAGUGUUUUUACACUGUCUCCUCUGGUGGGGAAGUGAAGAAGGAGCUUUGCCGGGCAACCAAUCCAAGAUCAUCUAAGGCUGAUGAGAGCUUUGUAAAAUGA